AUGCUGCAAGGCCCCGAAGGCUUUGUUCGACUACCCAAUGAGCAUCAGUUGUUCGCCUCUCCUCCGCGGACAACUCUGUCUCUGCAACCCCUAGGCUCUAGCGCCAGCAAGGACUCUUUUUCCAUGCAAAGCAGUGCCGGUCGAGUCUACCUGACAAAUCAGAGGAUCGUUUACAUUCCCGCGCAACAAACGAAAGAGUUUCAAUCGUUUUCCACACCAUUACUCAAUGUCCAUGACGCCCAUGUCACUGCACCAUUCUUUGGGCCCAAUGCAUGGUUGGCGCUAGUCCAGCCGGUAUCUGGAGGAGGCAUCCCUGCGUCGUUGCCUGCCGUGCAGCUCAAGGUGACAUUCAAAGAGGGAGGGGCGUUUGAUUUCCACAACAAUUUCGAAAGAAUCAAAGAGCGUCUACAACAGGCUGUCGAGAAUACGCAGGCGAGCAGUCGAGGUGCCCGAAAUGUUGACAUGUCUGCAAUCCACCUCGACGAGCUACCUGCGUACACCGGCCCAUCGGGUGGCACAACCGGAGCAGACCACAGUACCGCACAGCAAUCUGUAAGCCCACAGUCUCAACACACAGGGCCAGAAGCGGGAUCGGAGCCGAUGGAGCCACCACCGGAUUAUGAAGAGGUGCAGCAGCAGAGUGUGGCGGAAGCGCUCGAGGAGAGACUGCGUCGAGCCAUAACAAAACGAAAUAUCACCGCAUUAGUCACGGCCGACCCGAGCGGCCAAUCACGUCAACGCCAAAGCUUCGAGUUCGUUAAAACCAACCCCAUCCUCAAUUACCGCGACUUCCACCGCCCACACGCCCCCCCUUCUCGCCGUCUUCCCUCAAUUGAAACCGAUUUCAAAGACAAGAUGGGUCUCUCCGACUUCUUCUCCGACGUUAUGUCCUCCUUCGGCUUCCCCGAGGCUCAGGCUGAGGCUCCCGCCGAGGAGACCACCACCACCACCCCCAGCCAGGAGACCGAGGCUGAGGAGAAGCCCGCCGUGAACAACGAGGAGGAGGCCGCCCCUGCCGCCGAGGAGAGCACCGAGGAGUCUGCUGAGGAGACCCCUGCUGAGGAGGAGUCCGCCGAGGAGGAGCCCGCUGAGGAGGAGGAAGAAGAGGAGGAAGAGGAAGAGGAGGAGGAAGAGGAGGAGCCUGAGGACAUCAAGCCCCAGCUUGAGGAGGAGUGCGCCAACUCUUCCCAGUGCGCCCCCUACAAGCACCACUUCGAUGAGUGCGUCGAGCGCGUAACCCAGCAGCAGGAGGACCCCGACUACAAGGGCCCCAAGGAGGACUGCGUUGAGGAGUUCUUCCACCUCACGCACUGUGCUACCCAGUGCGCCGCCCCCAAGCUCUGGAAGGCCCUCAAAUAA